AUGACUAAAAUUGCCAUCUUGUGCACGUCCGCGACGACGUUCGGCAAAUCCGCGGAGAAGAAACCAACCGGCGUGUGGUUGGAAGAAAUCGCCGUGCCGUAUUAUUCCAUGAUGGAAAAGAAAUUUUCAGUCGAUUUCUUCUCUAUCAAAGGCGGGGAAAUCCCAAUAGACGCAGGAUCGCGAGGCGAAGGGUUUUACACGCCAGAGUGCGUGAAAUUCGAUAAAGACGACACCGCGCAAGCUUUGAUGAAGACAUCGAAAGGUUUAUCCGAAUUAAACGUGGAAGAAUACGACGGCGUUUUCUUACCCGGAGGCCACGGAUGUUGCACUGAUUUCUACCAAAACCAAGAGUUGGCGAAAACCAUCGAGCAAUUUUUAACGGCGAAGAAAGCCGUCGCGCUGGAUUGUCACGCGCCGAUUGCACUUUUAUCGUGCAAAAAAGCAGACGGGACGACACCGUUGGUGAGUGGAAUGUCCGUGACUGGCUUUUCGGACGAGGAAGAGGGGCAUGUUGGGAUGCAAGAAGAGGUACCGGCGUUGAUUGAGAAAGAGAUGGUGGCGCAAGGCGCCAAGUACUCGAAGGCGGAAGGCGCGUGGGGCGCUCACGCGGUUGUCGAAGGGACGUUGGUGACAGGGCAGAAUCCAGCGAGCAGUAAAGUGUGCGUGGAGAAGUUUGUUGAAUUGUUGGCGUUAACGCAAACUCAAGUAGUGAAUUAA